AUGGAUGAGGAAGGGCCGAGCUCAGCCCGCCGGAUGUCAACCCGGGCCCGCCGGGUAGCUCCGAAGAUGGCCGCUGCCCUCUCCAGUUCCGACAAUCGAACUCAGGCGAUUCUCGCUCGGCUAGAUGCUCUCGAGAACGAUAAUGCCGCAAUUGAGACAGCACAACCAAUUGACGAUGAUGAUGAAGCUUCCCUUGACGACGAUGACCAAGUUUAUUCGAAGAAACAGUCUAAAGGCACAAAGCGCAAAACCCGUCAAGCGAAAGCGCUGGAGAAUGCUAAAAGGGCAUCAAGAACAUUCCUUGAGCUUCUCAAUGAGGCAAACUUAGAAUCUUUGCCUCCGAAUGUACCUACCUACUUCAGAGCUGCGGUAGGGCCUCCUAGUUCUUCCUCGCGCCGCCAUUUUUGCACAGUCUGUGGAUUUACGGCUAAUUACACUUGCGUACAAUGUGGGAUGAGAUUCUGUUGUAUUAGGUGCCGGACUAUUCACAAUGAUACUCGUUGUUUGAAGUUCGUUGCUUGA